GAUCUUCUCGAGAAUAUUUGAGAUACUCUUUCAAUCUCACAUGCUUAAUUGGACAUUGUUUGUUCUGUUUUUAGGGACUAUGCAUCACCUUGGCUCAAUGUACAAAGCUGCCAAAAUACUUUAAACAUGUGCUUCGCCUUACUUAACUACCCUGGAAGCCUGGACGCUUUCUUCCACCUUAACUCAAACCGUUUCUGCGGUGAAGUCCCCCUCACGUUCAACCGCAUGAAGCUUCUCCACGAGCUUGACCUUAGCAACAAUAGAUUCGUUGGGAAGUUCCCUAGCGUUGUCCUCUCUUUGCCUUCCCUUAAGUUCUUGGAUCUCCGCUUCAACGACUUCGAAGGCAAGCUCCCUUCAAAGCUCUUCGACAGAAAGCUCGACGCUAUUUUCUUGAACCAUAACAGGUUUCGGUUUGGGAUCCCCGACAACAUGGGGAACUCUCCGGUCUCAGCUCUGGUUCUUGCGGACAACGAUCUCCGAGGAUGUAUACCGGGAAGUAUCGGUCAAAUGGGGAAGACACUCAACGAGCUUAUCCUCUCCAAUGAUAACUUAACCGGUUGUUUGCCUCCUCAGAUAGGAAACCUCAAGAACGUGACGGUUUUCGACAUCAGUUCGAACACUCUACGUGGUGUGUUACCGUCUAGCAUCGGCAACAUGAAGAGCUUAGAAGAGCUUCACGUGGCUAAUAAUGGCUUCUCUGGACUCAUUCCUCCGAGUAUCUGCCAGCUUCCUAACCUUGAGAACUUCACUUACGCUUCCAACUUCUUCACCGGUCGUGCUCCUAUAUGCGCAGCAUUGUCUGUAACCGAUGCCAUUGUGAACGGCUCCAUGAACUGUAUUGCUGGUAUGGCUAGUCAAAGAUCGGUUAAAGAGUGUUUAUCUCUGUUGGCUCGUCCUGUUGAUUGCAGUACGUUUGGAUGUUUCAACAUCUUCUCUCCACCACCGCCGACGUUCAAGAUGGCUCCCGCUGUUCGGAUGCUUCCUCCACCGAUUUACGUUUACACUUCGCCUCCACCACCGUCGUCCAAGAUGUCGCCUACCGUUCGUGCUUACCCUCCUCCAUCACCAUCCCCAUCUCCUCCACCGCCUUAUGUAUACUCAUCUCCUCCCCCUCCACCGUACGUGUACUCAUCUCCUCCACUUCCGCCUCCUCCAAGUCCACCACCGCCGUGUCCCGAAUCAUCUCCGCCACCGCCUGUUGUAUUCUAUGCACCCGUGACGCAGAACCCGCCACCACCACCACCAGUAUACUAUGCACCGAAAACACAAAGCCCUCCACCGCCAUCACCAGUAUACUAUCCAUCGGAAACACAAAGUCCACCACCACCAUCACCGGUUUACUAUCCGUGGGAAACACCAAGUCCUCCACCACCAACACCGGUAUACUAUCCUUCAGAAACAAAAAGUCCACCACCACCAUCACCGGUUUACUAUCCAUGGGAAACACCAAAUCCUCCACCACCAACUGAGUAUUAUUAUUCACCAAGCCAGUCUCCGCCGCCAACAAAGGGAUGUAAAGACAGCCAUCCUCCCCAAGCAUCACCAAGUUAUGAACCAGCUCCUGAAUAUUCUUACACAGCACCACCUCCUCCUUCCUACCCGGACACGACUCUUCCACCAAUUCCAAGUGUCUCCUAUGCUUCCCCUCCUUACUACUAGUUACAAACCACUGAGAGAGAGAGAAGAAAAUGCAUUGCCUUAUGAUUAACGACUACUCACAGUUACAUUCUUUUGGCUACGAGACUAUAAUUUGUGUGUGUGGUUAAUACUCGAGUUAGUCUUUCCAUAUUUUUUUUUCUUUGUGGAUAUUUUGUUCUUUUUUCUUUGCCUAACACAGAAUGGAGUACAGAGUUUUUCUAUCUGUUACCAUCCUAUAAUGUAUUUCUUGUUAUUAAACUGGC